CGUUCAUACUUUUUAAUCGUCACUUGGGCUCUAAUCUCCGGGCAAGAUUAUGCUUUAAGCGAUACUCAAUGAAAUUUCUUGAUAACAGACAAUUUCACAUUAAACUCAUCCAAUUUUGUUUGAUACGCGCGUUUUUCACGGGAGUAUGAUUUUGACGCAGUUAGAGAAGGACGGAUUGCUUGUCAGUCUCUAUUAAUACGACGUCGGGAACUCAGCGCAAAUAGUUCGCUAAGAGCGCUCGGAUAGUGUUUAACACGGAGAGGAAUUAGGGGGGCGCAAAUUUCUGUUUACUCUUCACUCCAGAAGGUGCUUCAAAGUGACCUUACCGCGGGCUUUGUUGACUAACUCCCGUUCUCUUAUGCAAAAGUCCGUGGUCAUAAAAAUUAAUUUUGUUGGGGCAUCGACUUUUAAUUUCAACCUGACCCCGCCGAGCUGCGGAGAGAAAGCGAAGUACACGUGAAUCAGAACUGGUAUACAGUGGUGAAGAUAUAUAUAUAUAUAUACGUAUAUACCAUGUAACACAGCAAUUCCAGUUCUCAUUAAGCUUCCAUCAAUGGAGAAACCCCCUACAAAUGUGUGAACAACUUUGCCGGGUAUUAAAUAGCAGUGGCUGCUUCAGCACUCGGGAUAUAUGUGUUUGACUUCAGUCCUCAGUGAAGAAAAUAUUCAGUGAUUUUUAUUUUAUUUUAUUUUAUUAAAAAAAAGUGAUAAAAUAUGCGAACCAUGUCGACCCCGCGGCGAAAAAUUUCCAUGUCUUCGAAACAGAAACCUUUGCGUAUUGCCAUUCUAGGACAGAACGGGGUAGGAAAAUCAGCUCUGACUGUACGCUUCAUCACACGGCGGUUCAUAGGGGACUACGACCCAGAUCUGGAAAAAGUAUACGCCUGCUCAAGAUGUAUAGACGGAGAAUCGGUGACCCUUGAACUACUGGAUACUGCCGCUCAGGAGGAGAAGAGUCGCUUGGAGGAUCACAUAAAGUGGGCGGAGGCGUUCAUUCUGAUGUAUUCAGUGACAGAUAGGUGCAGUUUUGGUGAAGUAAGCAGACUAAAAUUCCUCAUCAAUUCCUAUAGUAAAAAACAACGCAAGAGUGUGUCAUCGCCCGACUCCGCUAUGACGUCAACGCCUGUGGUUCUUGUAGCCAAUCAAGUGGACCGCAUUCACGACCGGAUGGUGACGCAGGAAGAGGGCUUCCAACGAUCUCUGGAACUUAGCUGUUUAUCGUUCUAUGAAAUAUCCGUCAGGGAAAAUAUUGACUCCGUUUUUAAAAUAUUCGAGGACAUUUAUCUUAUGUGCCGGAAACCGCGCAAAUGUCGUCAACAGCUUUGCAAACAGUUGUCGCUACCGGCUUUUAUAAACGAAGAGAAACCGGAAGAGACGAUGGAUACGACGGCGACCUUGAACAGACGACGGAAGGCGAUAUUUACCGUCAGCUGACAUCGUUUUCACGUCUGAAAUCGAUAAAAGAGAGGGGGGAGAUAAUGUUAACAAACUGCAUUUGCUCAAAAAGCAGACAUAGGUUGAUGCUGGCCAUUGUUCAAUGAUAAAGCAACGUCUGUGAUACAUAUAUAUUCUUUAUGACAAAAUGGCGGACGUAAAGAGUAUGCUUGUAAAUGCACCUUUUUAGAUGAAUUGAAAUGCUAUCGAAUUGUUUGUAUCCAUUGACUCGUCAAUUUGUUACC